AGAAAGUUCUUCAAAUACCAGCUUAUCCCAACCAAGAAUAACUUGAUAAGGUCUUGAUGACCAUUGAGAGCUUUCCUCAGCUAGUACUCCCUCAAGAAGCAAGGAAGCUGGAGGAUCGGCUCGCCGAUGCUGCUCUUGGGAAGGCAUUUCUGCUUCAAGGUGGAGAUUGUGCAGAAAGUUUCAAGGAAUUUAACGAGAAUAAUAUCAGGAAUACAUUUCAGGUUUUGUUGAAAAUGGGAAUUGUCUUAACUUUUGGAUCUCAAAUGCCCAUCAUCAAGCAGGUAGGAAGGAUAGCAGGUCAAUUUGCAAAACCCAGAUCUAAUCCAUUUGAGAUCAAGGAUGGCAUGAAGCUUCCCAUUUAUCAGGGAGACAUUAUCAAUGACACAGCCUUCAACCAAAAAUCAAGAACACCAGACCCUCUGAAAGAUUGCUUAGAGCAUAUGCUCAAUCUGCAGCUACUUUGAACCUUCUUAGAGCAUUCACAACCGAAGGUUAUGAAGAAGCCAAUAAUCUUGAUUUCAUAAACCACAAUGGGCAAGGUGAUAG